AUGGCAAUAGGGCACUUUCCAAGGUUGAAUUCCCGACAAGAGCUUCAGCAGCAGAGUCUUGUUCCAAGGGAUGGGGAAACUGAAACCAUGCGUUCUAAAUGGUCCACCAGGCUCUACGCCAUAGUUGCAAUCAUAAGUUGUAUUUUGGCCGCAUCAAUGAUCACGUACGGCGUUUUCAUGCUUUGUAAUUCACCAAAUAAAGCACAAGAAAUUAUUUCAUAUGGAGUGAUUGCCUCUGGUUUUCUUGCAACGAUCACGGUUCUGUUUGGUAAAUUCAUCUCCAAGAAACCAAGCCAAACUCUCGGCAUCUUUCAUUUCAUUUUGCUUAGCGUGACGAUGAUUUCGGAGAUGACGCUUGGAGGCCUGGUGAUACAUCCACUCGGUGUAACAGCAGUUGGUGCUACUAUUGUCACUUUUGGCUUCCUUACGAAGUUACCAGCUUUAGUAUUCUUCUUCAUAGAAGAAUAA